GCAGCGAAAAUAAGAAAAACUAGCUGAAAACAAGGAGCGGCUAACUAGUAACUACGGCGGUAUCGGAUUCGCUGGUACGCCGUGGAAGGUAGAGAAGGGGGCGUCAGUGUCACAACAACCUGUCUAUGGCUAUGGAUUCGUCGAACGACGUGGCUUUGGGUUCCUCGGAGAUGGAGAAGUUCCUCUGUGAGUUGUUGCUGGAUUCCUCCCAGCCAAUUUCUGAGCGUUUCAGAGCACUCUUCUCUCUCCGCAACCUCAAAGGCCCCGCCCCUCGCCACGCCCUUAUUCUCGCAACAAGGGAUUCGUCGAAUUUGUUGGCGCAUGAAGCUGCAUUUGCGUUGGGUCAAAUGCAGGAAUUGGAAGCCGUCCCUGCUUUGGCCUCAGUUCUCAAUGAUCUUUCUUUGCAUCCCAUUGUUCGCCACGAGGCGGCCGAGGCACUGGGUGCUAUUGGUUCAGAUGGCAAUGUUCCUCUCCUGAAGAGUAGUUUGGAUUCGGAUCCGGCGCAGGAGGUUCGAGAAACAUGUGAGUUGGCUCUUCAACGGAUUCAGCAUUUAAAAGAUGCUGGCAAUACUGAUGCAUUGACUGCAACUGAAGUAUCUCCUUUUAAGUCUGUUGAUCCAGCUGCACCAGCGACUUCCUGUUCUUCUGUUGAUCAAUUAAGGAAAGUACUUCUUGAUGAAGAAAAAGAUAUGUAUGAACGCUAUGCAGCUCUUUUUGCACUUCGAAAUGACGGUGGAAAUGAAGCUGUUGCUGCUAUUAUUGAUUCCUUGGGCUCAAAAAGUGCUUUACUGCGCCAUGAGGUUGCAUAUGUUUUGGGUCAAUUGCAAGACAAAGUUGCUUCAGCUGCUCUAUCCAAUAUACUUAAAGAUCUGAAUGAACACCCAAUGGUUAGACAUGAGGCUGCUGAAGCUCUUGGUUCGAUUGCAGAUGACCAAAGUGUAGCACUUCUCGAGGAGUUUUCAGCAGAUCCAGAGCCUCUUGUCUCGCAGAGUUGUGAAGUGGCUCUAAGUAUGCUUGAAUAUGAACGAUCAGGGAAAUCAUUUGAGUUCCUGUUCAUGCGCACUCCAAUUGUGCAUUAAAAGUUUUCUCGCGGUUACCAAGACAUGAAAAACGAGCGGGUGCGUGAGAAUGAAGAGACACAAACACAGUGAUAUACAAAGAAAUAGAUAGCAAAUGUUGGAUUUCUGACUUACAAUUGAUUAAAUUAAGAAACAUUAGCCUUCUUUAUAUAAACACCAAUUGAACUAUGGUUUUGUUAAGUUAUGAAAAAUGACAUUUGUGAUGAACAGGAAGCAUACAAUUGUUCAAAUAAUGUCUAUCUUUUUC